UGUGGGACAGUGCCAACAUGGCGGCGCCCUGGCCCCAGAACUGAGAACGCUGUUCUGAAGUGUCGUGACGAUUCUGCUUGUUGCUGGUGCUCACGUUUACCUAAAACAGACAUCCCAGUACGUUGUUUUUGAGUGCUGCCCAAGGAAUCUGUUAAGGCGCCCCCGCCACGGAGAGACGGCCUUGAGGACAUGGGCCUCAGCGGACACCGCUGAAGGGGUCGUAACGAGGAGACACGGGUGAAGCGAACCGAGAACGAGAGGAGUUGGGCCGGUGGAGCCCUUUUCCUGCUCCUUCCCAGCAUGCGAUAAACUAAGACGAGGCUUUGCUUUGUGGCCUCAAUGAGGAUGGACACCGAGCUGAUUCACUCUCCGGCCCUGGGCCUCGGGGACGAGGAGGAGGCGGACAUGGCGGACUGGAACCUGCCGCUGACUUUCAUGAAGAAGCGGCACAGCGAGAAGAUCGAAGGCUCCAAAGCUCUUGCUCAGAGCUGGAGAAUGAAGGAUCGGAUGAAGACCGUUAGUGUUGCCCUGGUUCUGUGUCUCAAUGUUGGAGUGGACCCUCCUGAUGUGGUAAAGACCUCUCCUUGUGCCAGGCUUGAGUGCUGGAUUGAUCCUCUGUCAAUGAGCCCCCAGAAGGCACUGGAGACUAUAGGAGCUAACCUACAGAAGCAAUAUGAGAAUUGGCAGCCACGGGCUCGCUACAAGCAGAGUCUGGACCCCACAGUUGAUGAGGUAAAGAAACUCUGCAUGUCUCUUCGCCGUAAUGCCAAGGAAGAACGGGUGUUGUUCCAUUACAAUGGACAUGGUGUGCCUCGGCCCACUGUAAAUGGAGAAAUCUGGGUCUUCAACAAGAACUACACCCAGUAUAUCCCACUGUCCAUCUAUGACUUACAGACCUGGAUGGGCAGCCCGUCCAUUUUCGUUUAUGACUGCUCCAACGCUGGCAUCAUUGUCAAGUCCUUCAAGCAGUUUGCCCUGCAGCGAGAGCAGGAGCUGGAGGUUGCUGCUAUCAAUCCAAAUCAUCCCUUAGCUCAGAUGCCCCUACCUCCUUCGAUGAAGAAUUGUAUCCAACUGGCAGCCUGUGAGGCCAGUGAGCUGCUUCCUAUGAACCCUGACCUUCCAGCUGACCUAUUUACCUCCUGCUUGACCACACCCAUCAAGAUAGCAUUGCGCUGGUUCUGCAUGCAGAAGAGUGCCAAACUUGUACCUGGAGUGACACUGGACCUGAUAGAGAAGAUUCCUGGACGGCUGAAUGACAGGCGGACACCAUUAGGGGAGCUGAACUGGAUCUUCACAGCAAUUACUGACACAAUUGCCUGGAAUGUGCUGCCCCGAGAUCUUUUUCAGAAGCUGUUUCGUCAGGACCUGUUAGUUGCCAGCUUGUUCCGUAAUUUCCUGUUGGCAGAGAGAAUUAUGAGAUCAUACAAUUGCACACCAGUGAGCAGCCCGCGCUUGCCGCCAACCUACAUGCAUGCUAUGUGGCAGGCAUGGGAUCUAGCGGUUGACAUCUGUUUGUCUCAGUUGCCCACCAUUAUCAAGGAAGGAACAGCUUUCAGACACAGCCCCUUCUUUGCAGAGCAGCUUACUGCCUUCCAGGUUUGGUUGACCAUGGGAGUUGAGAAUAGGAAUCCUCCAGAACAACUGCCCAUUGUCCUACAGGUCCUGCUGAGCCAAGUUCACCGCCUUCGAGCAUUAGACCUGCUUGGUCGCUUCUUGGAUCUAGGGCCCUGGGCUGUCAGUCUGGCACUCAGUGUUGGGAUCUUCCCUUACGUUCUCAAACUCCUGCAGAGUUCAGCACGGGAACUGCGGCCACUGCUUGUUUUCAUCUGGGCCAAAAUCCUGGCUGUGGACAGCUCCUGCCAAGCAGACCUGGUGAAGGACAAUGGACACAAGUACUUCUUGUCUGUCCUGGCUGACCCUUACAUGCCAGCUGAGCACAGAACCAUGGCAGCUUUCAUCUUGGCAGUUAUUGUCAACAGUUACAAUACGGGGCAAGAGGCCUGUCUGCAAGGAAAUCUGAUUGCUAUCUGCCUAGAACAACUAAAUGACCCACACCCCCUGUUACGACAGUGGGUAGCAAUCUGCCUUGGACGGAUCUGGCAGAACUUUGACUCGGCCCGCUGGUGUGGUGUACGAGACAGUGCCCAUGAGAAGCUCUACAGCUUGCUUUCUGAUCCCAUUCCUGAGGUUCGCUGUGCUGCAGUUUUUGCUCUUGGCACCUUUGUGGGAAACUCUGGUGAACGGACAGAUCACUCAACUACAAUUGACCACAAUGUAGCUAUGAUGCUAGCACAACUUAUCAAUGAUGGCAGUCCGGUGGUUCGCAAAGAGCUGGUUGUGGCUCUGAGUCAUCUAGUGGUCCAGUAUGAGAGCAAUUUUUGCACUGUGGCUCUCCAGUUUAUGGAAGAGGAGCGCAGCUAUGCUGUGCAUUCACCAGCCAACAACACAGAGCCAGGAACUUUGACUCCUGUAAAGGACACGUCUGCCAUUCCACGUCUGCGCUCGGUCAGCUCUUAUGGGAACAUCCGUGCUGCUGCCUCAGCUCGCAGCCUAAAUAAGAGCCUUCAGAAUCUGAACCUUAGUGAUGAAGGAGUCCCUGUUGCCUUCUCUCCUGGCAACCUGAGUACAAGCAGCAGUGCCAGCAGUACACUGGGCAGCCCAGAUAAUGAUGAGUACAUUUUGUCCUUUGAGACCAUAGACAAAAUGAGGAGGGUUAGCUCUUACUCGUCUCUCAAUUCCCUGAUAGGUGUUUCUUUCAACAGUGUGUACACUCAAAUAUGGAGGGUGCUGCUUCACCUCGCAGCUGACCCUUUUCCAGAGGUGUCAGACCUGGCCAUGAAGGUCCUUAAUAGCAUUGCCUACAAGGCAACAAUGAAUGCCCGUCCUCAAAGGAUCUUGGACUCUGGCUCCCUCACCCAGUCUGCUCCAGCCAGUCCAACCAGUAAGGGAACACACAUUCACCAGGUGGGAGGCUCUCCACCAAUGCCCAGCACCAGCAGUUCCAGCCUGACUAACGAAGUACCAAAGCCCCCUGGGAGGGAGCUCCCCUGUGUCAGGCCGGCAUACACGCCCCCAGUGGGAGGGCAAGCACCACAUUCUCACCAGUUUCCUAGGACACGUAAAAUGUUUGAUAAAGGCCCAGAUCAGAUGGCUGAUGAUAAUGAGGAGGGAGUUGGACACCGGAACUUCAUCACAGCAGCUAUGCAGACGGGUCUGUGUGACUGGAGUGCCAAAUACUUUGCACAGCCUGUCAUGAAGAUUCCAGAGGAGCACGAUGUUGAGAGUCAGGUGCGCAAAGAGAGAGAGUGGCGAUUCCUCCGUAAUGCACGUGUGCGGCGCCAGAGCCAGCGCAUCAUACAAAGAGGUGUCACGCGGUUGGAUGACCAGAUUUUUAUCAAUAGGAACCCCGGAGUUCCUUCAGUGGUCAAGUUCCACCCUUUUAGCCCUUGUAUUGCUGUGGCGGAUAAAGACAGCAUCUGCUUCUGGGACUGGGAAAAGGGUGAGAAGUUGGACUAUUUCUACAAUGGAAACCCCCGCUAUACGAGGAUUACGGCAAUGGAGUACUUGAAUAGCCAUGACUGUUCCUUACUGCUCACAGCAACAGAUGAUGGUGCUCUCCGAGUAUGGAAGAACUUUGCAGAUCUGGAGAGGAAUCCCGAGAUGGUCACUGCCUGGCAGGGGCUCUCUGACAUGCUACCCACUACUAGAGCAGGUCUGGCUCGAAGAGUUUCUAUCUAUCUUGACCGCAGUAAGCAGGGAGGGGCAGGAAUGGUGGUAGACUGGGAGCAAGAGACUGGUAUGUUGAUGACUUCGGGAGAUGUACGCAUCAUACGCAUCUGGGACACAGAGAGAGAGAUGAAGAUUCAGGACAUCCCAACAGGUGCAGAUAGCUGUGUCACCAGCCUGUCUUGUGACUCCCAACAUUCCCUCAUAGCUGCAGGCUUGGGCGAUGGCUCAGUGAGGGUCUACGACAGAAGGAUGGGCCCAAAUGAAUGCAGAGUCAUGACCUAUCGUGAGCACAGUGCCUGGGUAGUCAAGGCACACCUACAGAGGCAGGUGGAGGGCAGCAUCAUCAGUGUCAGUGUCAAUGGAGAUGUGCGAUUCUUUGAACUAAGGAUGCCCGACUCUGUUAACGUACUACAGACGGUGAAAGGUCUGACAGCAUUAGAUAUCCACCCGCAAGCCAAUCUUUUUGCCUGUGGUUCCAUGAACCAGUUCAUUGCGGUGUACAACUCCACUGGUGAUGUCAUCAGUAACAUCAAGUACUAUGAUGGCUUCAUGGGCCAGCGCAUUGGGGCUAUUAGCUGCUUGGCCUUCCAUCCAUACUGGCCCCACUUGGCAGUUGGCAGCAACGACUACUACAUGUCCAUCUACUCUGCAGAGAAGAGGAUGAGAUAACAGAAGGGUUGGCAAUUCUGUCCACUGGGGCGGCUACUCCCCUCCUGUAUGUGUAUAUAAGUGCUUAUACAGAUUAGAGACGCAUCUUAGACAUGCCUGGGAUGUAAUGUCUUUUUAAAAUUUAUUUGAGCUUUCAGGAAAGCCUGUAUUUAAAUAUGUUCAACACUGACCUCCCCAACCCCCACCUGGCCAAGGAUGGCUGCUAUGAGCUUAAGACCACCUGCCAGGUGCUCGUUUGCUCUCCUCACUACACUGUCCUGCCUUGCAAGACAAGAGCGACAGCCCCCAUUGAAGGAUACGGAGGAAAUCAUCAAUGGGAGCUUCUGUUCACUGAGACGCCACCAUCAAAUCUGGGGUCUGACUGAUGGUCCUCCAAAAUACGUUUGUAACAUUCUGAGAAGAAAAAUAAAAUCUUCAGGUUUUCUCCACAA